AUGGAAGAAGAUGGAGGGGAUCUCACCCCCUUUUGGGUCCAAAGCACCACCAAACUCCGCCGCUCCGACCGCCUCCGCCGCAGCGUCGCCGCCGUGUUCUUCAGCUCGGGGCUGGUGGUCUUCCUCCUCGUGGUAGCAGCUGUUUUUUUCUUGGCUUUUGUAGUGGCAUCCACCAUUUCAUUCAGUGCCACCAUUUUUAGGCCAAACAGUGUCAAGAAAAGCUGGGAUUCUUUGAACAUUGCUCUUGUCUUAGUUGCUGUGGUUUUUGGGAUUCUUAGCAGAAACAGAAACGAGGAGAGAUCUUCUUCCUUUGAUGAGUUCCAAUCUUCUCCCAUUAAAGGAAAUGAAUCCCAGAAAUCGAAUUCAUCCAUGCCGCAGAAAUGGUUCGAUUAUUCUGCAAAUGAUGAAGAAAAAUCGAGUCUUUAUGAGUAUCAAAUUCAAGAUUCUCACCAGCCUAAAUUUGAUCAGAAAAUUUCGAAUUUGAGAAGAAGCUGCAGCUCUUACCCUGAUUUGCGUGAAUUCCCAUCUUCUUCUUCGACGAAUUGGAGCUAUGGAGAUUAUCAAAUGAGAAAUUUUGAUGAUUUUCACGUCGAUCCGAGCCCGCCGGUGCAGCUCCGCCGUCACCGGAGCUUGGGGCAGUUUGAUUAUCCGACAUCACCGCCGCAAAUUAAGACUGUGGUUGUUGAUACAUUGGUGACUAAAACCUGUCCUGAAAUUAAAAAUUUUCCAGCGGAAUUGUCGCCGGCGGAGGAAUCUCAGCCGCCGGAAUUUCAAGAAAGUCAGAAACGGAGCCGUGAAAGAGCGGCGAGGAGGAAGGAAAGGUCGAGUAGAAGGCAGGUUUAUGAAAAUGUGGGACCCACUAAUCCGAUUGCGACGCCACCGCCGCCGCCGCCGCAGAUGAUGAUCGGCGAAAGGGAGAGGAGACGAGGCGGCGCGACGGCAGCGAAUUCGACGAAAUUCUUCUUGAAUUCUCUCUACAGGAAGAAGAAGAAGAAGCAAAAGAGCGUAGAUAAUGAGGAAUCUCUUCUCCGAGAAGCUCCCCCGCCGCUGAGUAGCUACCGAAUUCCGCCGCCUCCGCCGCCGCCGCCGUCGGUCUUCCACACUCUGAAGUCUUCCAAGAAUUCCAAAGGGAAGAAAACCGUAACCGUCGCUCUAGAGCCUCUCCCGCGAUCUCCGCCGCCGGUUUCGCCGCCUCAUGCGGCGGCGCGUGAGGCUGAACCCACUCCACACGCGCCGCCAACGUCUGCAUACGGCGCCCCAAAACCAGUAAAGAUUUCAACUUUCGACGGAGCAGAAGAAGCCCAGAACAGCGGCGGCGAGUCCCCGUUCCGCCGGAUUCCGCCUCCGCCGCCUCCUCCGCCGUUCUCGAAAACUCCGGCGUGGAUGUUCGUGGUGCAAGGCGACUACGUGAGAGUCAACAGCUCGAGGAGUGGCUCGCCGGAACUCGACGAAACGGACUCCGACGUCACGCCGUCGGCGGUUGACGGCGGCGGCCCGGCGGCGGCGUUGUUCUGCCCGAGCCCAGAUGUGAACUCGAAAGCUGAAAGCUUUAUUACUAAGUUUCGGGCCAACUUGAAGCUCGAGAAGAUCCAUUCUAUGAAGAAAAGAGAUGUGGGCCCAUCUAGUCUUGGCCCGGGCCAGGGCCCAAAUCAGAUUUAG